AUGACGUCGCGACUCGGAGGCGGCUUGCUCCUCGUAGCAGUCAUGUGCGUGGCGGCGGCGUGCGCUCCGACGAGCUGCGCGCAGCCUCCUCCGCCGACGAAGGCGAAGCUGCGCGCGGAGCUGCAGAGCAUGGCGAAGAGCAUCGUGAAGCGUUACCCGCAGUACUCGCGAUACGCGCAGGACGCCACCAAAUACAUCAACUUCGCACUGAACUCCAAGUACGACCUGUCGGCGCUGCGAGACGCGUCCAUCCUCAUCCCCAACAACGUGCAGGCAGAAGCCCUCGCUAAGAGAAUCCCCGCUAAGAGCAGCAGCAUCCCCACACUGUACAACAUCACAGCGUUCCACAUCCUGCGCCGCCGAAUGACCCUCCCGCAGAUGAGGCAGGUGAAGCUGCGGACAGCGAUAGGCACUCAGCUGAGGCAGCCGCUCUUCAAGAUGACGCCGAUGGGAAACAACAGCGCUGUGUCGUUUGCUAGGGGGCCGUACUUGAAGGCAGACCAGUGGACCACCAUUCGCAUCCCGGGGCUGUAUGUGGGGCGAUGGUUCAUUGCCCAUGGGGUGGAUCGGGUGAUCAUUCCCACUUACACCAAACUUUUCCUGCAGUGCGAUAGAAAAGAUGGUCUCUCACUAUUCAAUCUCACGUCUGGCACCUCUGCUGCCCCUACUGCCGAUACUGACAGUACUGUUCGCUCACAGUGGGCCACACGCAAUGCCGCUGCCUGUCUUGCUGUGCGUAGUCACCUGCCGUCCACUGAGCGCGCGCACUUUAGUCAGUACAAGAGUGCUAAGACCUUGUACAACGCUGUAGUUGCACGCUACUCUUCCCCUGCCACUGCUGCCCUUAGUCGCCUCAUGCUGCCGUACCUGUUCCCUGACCUCGCCGCCUUUCCCACAGUCGCUGACCUCAUUACGCACCUUCGCACUAGUGACACCCGCUACCGCGCUGCACUUCCUGCUGAGUUCUGCGCCAAGAACCCCCCCCCCAUGUACAUCACCCUCUACUACAUAGUCACCCGGCUCCCUGACUCCCUUCGCUCGGUCAGAGACCACUUCCUCUCUGUUUGCCCCACCACACUCACCGUUGACCUCCUCGAGGAGCGCCUCCUGGCAGCAGAGAAGAGUAUAGUCGCUAUAGGAGCCUCUCGUGGUGACCCUCGUGCCCCCUUCUUUGAGGGGUGCUCCCCCUCCCCCCUUUUGCCCUCUGUUGCCUCUGUUGCUGCGGUCGACCUCGUUGGCACCGAGUCGGUCGGCGCUGCGUCUGCCCCUAGCGGGAGACGCCGCAACGGCAAGGGCAAGGGGGGUAAGGGCGCUGAAGGAGCUGGCGGGGGCGGUGGAGGUGGCGGUGGUGGUGGCGGUGGAGGCGGCGGAGGGGGUGGGGGUUGUCAAAUUAUAAUACUGUGUAAGGCUAUAGUGGGGUAG